GUCCCACUCUAUACAUCUUCAUCGUACACUCUGAUUUCACAUCUUCUGCUUGAUUUCCUUCAGAAGACCGUUCCGCCUGUUACAAACGGAAUGAGCUCAUCUCCAAGUACAGUUCAGGCUGAUUCAUUGAACGAAGGUGGUAGUCAGCUCAACGGAAACGUUAGUGAGCCAGAUGCCAAAAAGAGCCGUGUAGCAGAUAACUCCGACGAAAACGAUCAGGGAAGCUCAACAAUGGAUUCGAAUCGCCGUCCUCCGUUCACCAGAUCUCAUAAACUCCAAAAAUCUGGCGGGAAAUUUCACCUUCUUAUCGGUGUCACCGGAAGUGUUGCUGUUAUAAAACUGGAGGAGCUGAUACAGAAGCUGUAUCACAGCUGUCCUGAAAAUAAGCUUAUUAUAAAGGUGGCUGCCACUCAAUCAGCAAUGAACUUGAUCGAAACGCAAGAUUUUGAUAUAGACGAGGUGAUUUAUGAGGACAGAGAUGAGUGGUCUAUGUGGAGAGGACGAGGAGAUCCAGUACUUCAUAUUGAACUGCGGAAGUGGGCGGAUGCUAUGCUGAUCGCCCCUUUGGAUGCAAACACCCUCGCGAAAAUUGCAAUGGGAAUGAACGACAAUCUUGUCACAUCAGUGGUUCGAGCAUGGGAUCCCCGAAAGCCGUUAUAUUUUGCACCAGCCAUGAACACCAUGAUGUGGGAGAAUCCACUUACAUUUCAACACAGAAACACACUGAAGGAUCUUCUUCGAUAUAAGGAAAUUCCUCCGAUGGAGAAGGAAUUGAUGUGUGGAGACUCAGGUAUCGGUGCGAUGGCUUCAACAAAUAUGAUUGCUACUAUAAUUGCAACCGUUGUACGAAAUAGAUUUGCUGUUUACACUCCAUGCGACUCCGAUCCAGCGCCGGACGCUAUAUGAAAGUUUGUUUGUACAUAAAUCUCGUGAAGUUGUACAUGUUUUAGUGAUUGCUAGAGUUCCUCAUCAGUUUCGAUUGCCUUUAUUUCAUCGUCGAUGAUUGUUAUGACCUGUUUCUAUUGUAUUUUCUCAUCCGGUGUCUGCAUCAUGGUGAACAUUUGUGAUCAAAAAGCUUCCUACCGUGUAAAAAGCUUGCUUCUCCAGGAAUGAAGUUCUAUAUCU